GAAAGAAGAGAGAGAGAGAGAGAGAGAGUGAAGAGAGUAGAAAUGGAGAGGAGUUUAAGUGUUUCAAUGGGAGGAGGAUUUGAUGAUACUUCCAAGUUUGAUGAUGAUGGUCGCCCCAAACGAACUGGAACGGUAUUGACUACAAGUGCCCAUAUCAUAACAGCGGUGAUAGGAUCAGGAGUGUUAUCUUUGGCAUGGGCUACAGCACAGUUGGGAUGGAUAGCAGGACCAGUUGCUCUCGUUGCUUUCUCAGUCAUAACUUGGUUCACUUCUCUCCUUCUUGCUGACUGUUAUCGCGCCCCUGAUGGCUCUCGCAACUACACCUAUAUGGAUGCUGUUCGUUCCCAUCUCGGAGGAAUGAAAGUUCAGCUAUGUGGAAUAGCUCAAUAUAGUAAUCUUGUUGGCAUAACCAUUGGAUAUGCAAUCACCACAUCCAUCAGCAUGGUGGCAAUUAAAAGAUCAAAUUGCUUUCAUAAGCAUGGUCAUGCUGCUGGUUGUCAUGAGUCAAAUAAUCCUUUCAUAAUUAUAUUUGGGAUUUUCCAAAUUAUUCUAAGCCAAAUCCCAAACUUUCACAAGCUUUCAUUUCUCUCCCUCAUUGCUGCUGUUAUGUCUUUUGCUUAUUCUUUCAUUGGACUUGGUCUCUCUAUUGCCAAGAUUGCAAAUGAUGGAGUAAAUGGAGACACGAGCUUAACAGGAACACGAAUUGAAAAGGAAUUGUCAGGCACAGACAAGAUGUGGAACACCUUCUCUGCUCUUGGAGAUAUUGCCUUUGCCUAUGCUUUCUCUACUGUUCUUAUUGAAAUUCAGGACACACUGAAAUCCCAUCCAAGAGAGAAUCAGUACAUGAAAAGGGCUAGCUGUAUUGGUAUCUCUGUGUCAACAAUAUUUUACAUGCUCUGUGGACUUAUUGGGUAUGCUGCAUUUGGAAACAAAGCUCCUGGAAACUUUUUAACAGGAUUCGGUUUCUAUGAACCUUUCUGGCUUGUUGAUUUCGCUAAUGUCUGCAUUGUCGUUCAUCUUGUUGGAGCUUACCAGGUGUUCUGUCAACCAAUAUUUGCAUUUGUAGAAGGUUGGAGCAAACAGAAAUGGCCAGAAAGUAAAUUCAUAACAAGAGAAUAUAUGAUUAACCUUUCACCCUUGGGGCUGUUCCCUUUCAGUUUUUACAGGCUGGUGUGGAGAACUGCAUAUGUGAUAUUCACAACCAUAUUAGCCAUGCUAUUCCCAUUCUUCAACGAUUUCGUCGGGCUUCUGGGAGCAGCCUCAUUUUGGCCACUCACUGUCUAUUUCCCAAUUCAAAUGUACAUUGCACAAGCCAAGAUUCCUAAAUAUUCAUUUACCUGGAUUUGGUUGAAGAUAUUGAGUCUUGUGUGCUUGAUUAUCUCGCUCCUUGCUGCUGCUGGAUCUGUUCAAGGCCUUAUCAAGUCUCUUCAGAAAUUCCAGCUCUUUAAAUCUGAGUCUUGAAGUUCCUGUGACUAAUGUGUAUAGAAUAAGGAUGGAAGAAAAAAUCUCCAUCUUUCAACCUUCCUUUUAUUUAUAUUUAGUGACAUACAGGACAGUUUUCCUUUACUUACUUAAAGGCAUAAACAUUUGUACUAUGUUGUAAGACUUAUUUCCUAGCUUUGGUGUUACAGUGUUGCAAUAGUUUGAUACA